CACCGCAGCAGCCCCCUUCCUGCAGGCUCCGGAGAAGAAACACAAAGUCCGCAGGGGUCAGUCUGUAGCCGCUGCUAGGAUUGCAGACAAGUUGUGUUUGUCCGGCUCCUCCAGGAACUGCAAAGCUUAAAGCCCAAGGCUGGCUGGAGCUUCUUUAAAACGCUGGGGUUGUUGGAGUGGUCGAAUUUUUCCUGGAAUUGAGUAAGAAAUUCAGAAGACUGAAGCCCAGGCUUACUGUCUACCUUUCACGGAGGCCCAGCCGUGAGAGGACAGAAGAAGGCACGUGGCGAAUCAUGACAGCUGACAAAGAGAAGGACAAAGACAAAGAGAAGGAUAGAGAUAGGGACCGGGACAGGGAGCGAGACAAGAGAGAGAAAGUGAGAGAGAGCGAAAACUCCCGUCCUCGUCGGAGCUGCACUUUGGAAGGAGGUGCCAAGAAUUACGCAGAAAGUGACCACAGUGAAGAUGAGGACAAUGACAACAACAGUGCCACCACAGAGGAGUCCACCAAGAAAAAUAAAAAGAAGCCGCCGAAGAAGAAAUCUCGCUAUGAGAGAACCGACAGUGGUGAAAUAACGUCCUUCAUCACGGAGGAUGAUGUUGUCUACAGGCCUGGAGAUUGCGUAUAUAUUGAAAGUCGCCGGCCGAACACCCCAUACUUCAUCUGCAGCAUUCAAGACUUCAAACUGAGCAAACGGGACCAUCUCCUUAUGAAUGUCAAAUGGUACUAUCGCCAGUCGGAAGUCCCAGAUUCAGUCUAUCAACAUUUGGUUCAGGACCGACACAACGAGAACGACUCUGGACGAGAGCUUGUUAUUACAGAUCCAGUGAUCAAGAAUCGAGAGCUCUUCAUUUCAGAUUAUGUUGACACUUAUCAUGCUGCUGCCCUUAGAGGGAAGUGUAAUAUCUCCCAUUUCUCUGACAUAUUUGCUGCUAGAGAGUUUAAAGCCCGAGUGGAUUCAUUUUUCUACAUAUUGGGCUACAAUCCAGAGACAAGGAGGCUGAACAGCACCCAGGGCGAGAUCAGAGUUGGACCCAGCCAUCAGGCCAAGCUUCCAGAUUUGCAGCCGUUUCCUUCUCUGGAUGGCGACACUGUGACACAACAUGAAGAACUUGUGUGGAUGCCAGGGGUCAAUGACUGUGACCUGCUCAUGUACCUCAGGGCAGCAAGGAGCAUGGCAGCUUUUGCAGGGAUGUGUGAUGGAGGAUCCACAGAAGAUGGCUGCGUUGCAGCCUCUCGCGAUGACACUACGCUCAAUGCACUCAACACACUACAUGAAAGUAACUACGAUGCUGGAAAAGCCCUGCAGCGCUUGGUGAAGAAGCCUGUGCCCAAACUGAUUGAGAAGUGUUGGACUGAAGAUGAAGUGAAACGCUUCAUUAAAGGGCUGAGACAGUACGGCAAGAACUUCUUCAGGAUCCGAAAGGAGUUACUUCCCAAUAAGGAGACUGGAGAACUAAUCACUUUCUAUUACUAUUGGAAGAAAACCCCUGAAGCAGCAAGUUCCCGAGCCCACCGUAGGCAUCGAAGGCAGGCUGUGUUUCGGAGAAUUAAGACUCGAACUGCUUCCACUCCAGUCAACACUCCCUCCAGGCCCCCCUCUAGCGAAUUUUUGGACUUGAGCUCAGCCAGCGAAGAUGAUUUUGACAGCGAGGACAGUGAACAGGAACUGAAGGGUUACGCCUGUCGUCACUGCUUCACAACCACCUCCAAGGACUGGCACCACGGCGGUCGCGAAAACAUCUUGCUGUGCACUGACUGCCGCAUCCACUUCAAGAAGUACGGAGAGCUCCCGCCCAUCGAGAAACCAGUGGACCCUCCGCCCUUUAUGUUUAAGCCCGUCAAAGAGGAAGAGGAUGGACUCAGCGGAAAGCAUAGCAUGAGGACGAGGCGGAGUCGAGGCUCGAUGUCUACACUACGUAGUGGUCGUAAAAAGCAGCCAGCCAGCCCCGAUGGUAGAGCCUCGCCCACUAACGAAGACAUCAGAUCCAGUGGCCGCAACUCUCCCAGUGCUGCUAGCACCUCCAGUAAUGACAGCAAAGCAGAUUCUGUGAAGAAGUCCACCAAGAAGAUAAAAGAAGAGGCAUCUUCUCCUCUCAAGAGUUCCAAGCGCCAGCGGGAAAAGACAGCAUCUGACACAGAGGAACCGGAGAGAACCACUGCCAAAAAAUCCAAAACUCAAGAGAUCAGCAGGCCAAACUCUCCCUCGGAGGGCGAGGGCGAAGGCGAAAGCUCGGAUAGUCGCAGCGUCAAUGACGACGGAAGCAGUGAUCCAAAGGACAUUGACCAGGACAACCGAAGCACGUCACCCAGUAUCCCCAGCCCCCAGGACAAUGAGAGUGACUCAGAUUCAUCUGCUCAGCAGCAGAUGCUACAGGCGCAACCUCAAGUGCUCCAGGCACAGAAUGUCCCUGCCCAGGCUCCACCUUCUACCCCGCCCGUAUCAACACAGUUACCAACACCCAUACCAGCAGCAUCAAGCACCCCUUCAGCUCCACUGCAGGUUUCACCAUCAGUGUCUCAGCCUCCCAGCCAGCCCCCAGCGCCGCCGCCACCUCACUCUCACAUACAGCAGGCCCCUGCUUUGCACCCUCAGAGACUCCCUUCACCACACCCGCCGCUACAGCCUUUGACUGUGUCUCAGAGUCAACCCCAGGGUCCUUCCUCGUCGCAGCCACAUUCACAGCCUCCGCUUCAUGGCCAGGUCCAGCCUGUCCCUCAUAACCUGCAGGCCCAGCCGCUCCUGCCUCAUCCAGUACCUCCUCAGCCUUUCCCUCUCCCCUCACAGCCUUCUCAGUCUCAGGUUCCCCUUCAGACACAGGCUGCUUCUCACCCUCACGCUGCUCUGCAGGUUCAAGCAGUGCAGCCUGCCCUGCAAGCACAGGCUCCACUGCAGCAACCUCAACCCCCUCGGGAGCAGCCCCUGCCUCCAGCACCCAUGGCCAUGCCUCACAUCAAACCCCCUCCUACUACCCCGAUCCCUCAGCUUCCCACUCCCCAGUCCCACAAGCACCCUCCCCACCUCUCCGGGCCGUCUCCAUUCUCCAUGAAUUCCAACCUGCCGCCACCACCUGCUCUGAAGCCUCUGAGCUCCCUUUCCACCCAUCACCCUCCUUCUGCGCACCCUCCGCCCUUGCAGCUGAUGCCUCAGAGUCAGCCACUGCAGUCUUCUCCAGCCCAGCCUCCAGUCCUGACUCAGAAUCAGAGUCUUCCACCAGCAGCGAGCCACCCCCCAUCCAGCCUCCAUCCGGUAUCCUCCCAGGCACCCUUUUCUCAGCAUCCAUUUGUCCCUGGGGGCCCACCUUCCAUCACUCCUCCAUCCUGCCCCUCCACUUCCACACCACCUUCCGUGCCUGGCGUUCCAUCUCAGACAUCUGUCCCCACCUCUGCGGCUUCCAGUGGAAACGUUCCAGUGGUGACGUCCUGCGCAAUACCGCCUAUUCAGAUCAAAGAGGAGGCUCCCGAUGAGGCAGAGGAACCAGAAAGCCCACCUCCCCCACCCAGAAGCCCAUCGCCUGAACCUACUGUGGUGGACACACCGAGUCAUGCCAGUCAAUCAGCCAGGUUCUAUAAGCACCUGGAUCGUGGCUACAACUCAUGCGCAAGGACAGACCUGUACUUCAUGCCUCUGGCAGGAUCCAAACUGGCCAAGAAGAGAGAGGAGGCAAUCGAGAAGGCCAAGCGGGAGGCAGAGCAGAAAGCAAGAGAAGAGAGGGAGAGGGAGAAAGAGAAGGAGAAAGAGAGGGAGCGAGAGCGGGAGCGCGAAAGAGAAGCAGAGAGAGCGGCGAAAGUGUCCAGCUCCUCCCAUGAAGGUCGCCUUGGGGAGCCCCAGCUCACUGGACCAACUCACAUGAGACCUUCAUUUGAACCUCCACCCACAACCAUCGCCGCCGUUCCACCUUACAUAGGUCCAGACACGCCUGCGUUACGGACUCUCAGCGAGUACGCCCGUCCUCACGUGAUGUCACCAACAAACCGCAACCACCCAUUCUUUGUUCCCCUGAACCCCACCGAUCCUCUCCUGGCCUACCACAUGCCCGGCCUCUAUAAUGUGGACCCCACCAUCCGGGAACGGGAGCUCCGGGAGCGCGAGAUCCGGGAGCGCGAGAUCAGGGAAAGGGAGUUGCGAGAGAGGAUGAAACCAGGCUUUGAGGUGAAACCACCCGAACUCGAUGCACUGCACCCGGCUACCAAUCCCAUGGAGCAUUUUGCCAGGCACGGCGCACUGACUAUACCCCCAACAGCUGGACCCCAUCCGUUUGCUUCCUUCCACCCGGGUUUGAACCCCCUUGAAAGGGAGAGGCUUGCGCUGGCAGGCCCCCAGUUACGGCCUGAAAUGAGCUACCCCGACAGACUGGCCGCAGAAAGAAUACAUGCCGAGCGGAUGGCGUCGCUCACCAAUGACCCGCUGGCACGGCUCCAGAUGUUCAACGUGACGCCUCACCAUCACCAACAUUCGCAUAUACAUUCGCAUCUACACCUCCAUCAGCAGGACCCGCUACAUCAAGGUUCAGCAGGACCUGUUCACCCGCUGGUGGAUCCCUUGGCAGCUGGACCCCACUUGGCACGUUUUCCCUACCCACCUGGUACCAUCCCCAACCCACUGCUAGGGCAGCCACCACACGAGCAUGAAAUGCUCCGACACCCGGUCUUCGGUACCCCCUACCCACGAGACCUGCCUGGUGCUAUCCCACCUCCAAUGUCAGCAGCCCAUCAACUGCAGGCCAUGCAUGCCCAGUCAGCAGAGCUGCAAAGACUGGCUAUGGAGCAGCAGUGGUUGCACGGGCAUCCCCACAUGCACGGUGGGCAUCUACCAAGUCAGGAAGAUUAUUACAGUCGACUGAAGAAAGAAGGUGACAAACAGUUGUAAUAAAUUAUUUAUUUGUAAUGCCGGCUAUGGAAACCCCAGUCCUUGGGAAGGAAUGGAACAUUUUUUACAUACAAUAAGAGCUGCAAAAGAAUAUCUUAUAAAGAUUUCUUUAUAUAUUUAAAUCUAAAGAAAACACCCACCUCCCCUACCAACAGCUAAAGACUUACUGGCAUAAAUAGUGUUCAUUUGUAGAGAAGAUUUCUCAAGACUGGUGUGGGCUUCCCUGCAUGACCAUCUAUUCAGAAGCCUAUUGAAAAUACAGGACUGUUUGGAAUUCUCAGAGAACUACCCUGCAAUCUUGGAGGGGUUGUUUUUGUUUGUUUGAUUUUCGGUAGGUGCUAGAAUCAGGUUCACAACACGACAGUCACUGUGCGUGAAGAGACACUCAAUGCAUCUAUAUAUAU